AUGCAAUCAUCAUUAUUCAUCAAGUUCAUCACAUUUUUCACAUUAAUCACAAUUAUUUCUGUCUCGGCCGCUCCAAUUAAAUGUCCUCCUAUCAAUUCUACUGCACCUGACGCUAAACAAGAAAGAUAUAUCGUUUUUUUAUCAAAUAAUAAGGAUCACUAUAAAUGGUUAAAAGAAUGUUACAAUAGACCUGUGCAAAGUAUAAAAACCACGAAGAAAGCUGUUGACAAAAAUUCCAUCCUAGAUAUUUCAAUAGAAGGAAAAUUUUAUGCUUAUAGUACUUGGUAUUAUCCGGAAUUUGCAGAAAAACACAUAAAAGAACGUCCAGAAACCACUUUGGUUGAAAAAGAUUCACCUGUAAAGAUUGCAACAGUACAGUCGAAUCCACCUUUUAAUUUGGAUCGUAUAGAUCAAGCUAAUUUCCCUUUGAAUAAUAAAUAUGAUUUCCCAUCAUCUGCUGGCUCUAAAGCUACCGUAUAUGUCAUAGAUACAGGCGUUUUAGUCACGCAUGAAGAAUUUGAAGGGCGCGCUUCGCAUUUAGGCACUUUCUGUGAUGGUUGUCCUGAUACUGAUGACCAUGGUCACGGUUCUCAUGUAUCUGGAAUUAUUGGCGGUAAAACGUACGGUGUCGCAAAGAAUGUGAACAUUGUUGGUGUCAAAGUUUUAGAUUCUCAAGGUUCGGGAUCACUCGCUGAUAUCAUAAGCUCUUUUUCAAGUGUUCUUGAUGAUGUGAUUUCGAAAAAAAACAAUGCUAUUGUAAAUAUGUCCCUUGGUAGUAGAAUUUCAAAAGCCUUCAAUGAAGCAGUAAAAAAAAUACUUACAGAUAAUGGAAUUCACGUUAUUGUAGCUGCUGGCAAUGAGAAUUCAAAUGCAUGCAGUGCAUCUCCUGCUUCCGAGUUAUCAGCAAUUACCGUUGGAGCAACCGAGGAUAAAAGUAAUUAUGUCGCAGGGUUUUCGAAUUUUGGUAAAUGCGUUGACAUUUUUGCUCCAGGCGUGAACAUUCUUUCUGUUGGAAUUAAAAGUAAUACUGAUACAAAAAUAUAUUCUGGAACAAGUCAAGCUACUCCUCAUGUUGCUGGAACUGUAGCUUUGAUAAUUUCAAAGUCUGGUAACCAAAAACCUGAUGAAAUGGUAAAGACUUUGGUUGAAUUUUCAACAAAGAACAUUCUACUUAAUAUAAAAGGCAGUCCAAAUAAUUUCUUGAGAAUUCCUCCAUCAUAG